AUGGGGUCCUCGCCAACAUCGUACAAGAAGGCCACGGCGGCGCUGGAUGAGGCGGCGAGGGCGAGGCUGCGCGGCCCGUUCUUCGGCGGCACCACGCCGUCGUCCGCCUCCGGGCAGGAGGACGUCGACGACGACGACGGCCUGGUGGAGCUGGUGCACGAGUUCUACAACGGGUACGGCGAAGACGCCGUCGCCAAGGAAGCCGUGGCGCCGCGGCCCGCUAGUGCCACGUGGGUCGACGCGCUGCAGGCGGCGCUGCGCGCCGUCGUGGGUGCGGGGCCGAACGUCGCUGGCGGUGAAGCGGUCAGGAAGCUCGUCGCCGCCCGGCUCCGUGCGAGAGGGUUCGAUGCCGGUGUCUGCAGAUCGUCGUGGGAAAGAGGAAGCAGCGUGCCGGCGGGCAGCCACGAGUACGUGGACGUGGUGAUCGCAGCCGGCGCGUCGACGUCGCGGUACAUCGUCGAGGUCAACCUCGCCAUCGAGUUCGAGACGGCGAGGCCCAGCGCCGAGUACCAGGAGCUCCUCCUCGCCCUGCCCACGGUGCUCGUGGCGAGGCCGGAGACGUUCAAGGAGGUGGCCGCGGCAAUGUGCGCGGCGGCAGCGGAGUCCAUCCGGGGCGCGGGCAUGCACGUGCCGCCAUGGAGGCGCGCGCGGUACGUGCAGGCCAAGUGGUCCGGCAAGUACAAGCGAGCGGCGGCCGUGGCCGUGGCCGCGGCCGCGCCGUCGGGGUCGCCAUGGGAAGCUGUGGCGAGCAGCACUGCAGCGGCCGAAGCUCGCCCGCGCCGCGGUGUGCCGGCAUCCGGCGGCCCGAAGCAUUGCGGGAUGGAGAUGGGCCGCAGGGAGAUGGCGUUCGGGAGCACGAGGCCGCUGAUGUUCAGAGGGUUGUGA